UGAGCUGAGACGGAUCUGCCGAAUGAUCAAUUUUUCGGGGUGCUUGGAAAAAGAAAGUUUAUUCUUCAACGGCAAUCCCAGCCUGCACUGCCAUCUCACCCAUCAAGAACGAGGAUCUUUACCAAGUCAACAAAUUAAACUGUCUAAGUUAAGAAAGAACUAAAAGCAAGCUAAACUAAAAAGAAGACUAUCCUUACUAAACUAAACUUGUAACACACCUAUCCAAUGACGGUUGUUUUUGUUGCCUUUCAUCUUUUUCUUAUCUUUUUAACCAGUCUGGACACUUGAAAGGUUUGAAAGACUGGUUAGAGUAGGAGGAAAAAGGCAUCAAUCAGAAAUACGUACGGUUCCUCUUUGGAGGAACAACAGGACCUUGUACGUCAUUGUGCAUACUGACUAUUAAGUGUGUUUUUGAAAUCUGAAUCAGAAACAGACACUCUUCAGUAUUACAACAUUCAUUUUUAAUGUCCACUGAGUGCCAGUUAUACAAACUGGCCUUAACAGGACUACAAUGGAAAGCCUAAAUCUUCCUACCCAAAACAACAGUUCCAGUUUGGAUACGUUAGAAACGUUCUCAAACUACAGUGAGAGUUUACCAUCACCGCAAAUCACCAGCCCUCCUCGUCAAGGCCGUCCAAUAAAACCAAAACCCAACAUGACCUGUCGGCGAAAGCGGGAGUUCAUCUCAGAUGAAAAGAAAGAUGCAUCGUACUGGGAAAAACGUCGCAAGAAUAAUGAGGCUGCCAAAAGGUCAAGGGAGAAGCGCCGGCUCAAUGAUAUGGUGUUGGAGAACAGGGUAAUGGCACUGAAUGAGGAGAAUGUGCGGCUGAAGACAGAACUCCUGCAAUUGAAACUAAGAUUUGGACUCAUAACCUCUGCCUCUUACAGGGAGAAGACACAGCAGAUCAGCAAUGCUACCGAGGCAGCGACUAAUGGAGCUAAUGGUAGCGGAGCAACUUCCGGAAAUCCAUAUUACUCAAGCAGUGGAUACUCCAGCGCUUCUCAGGUCAUGAUGAACUCUGAUUCCUCAGAGGCUGAGCAGCCGACAAGGAGUGAACGCCACACAAUGUUACACAAAUACUCCCCACAUGGCUCACUGUCUGACAUGUCUGAUGGAUCUUCACGGGACAGUCCUGAACCUAUCAACUUUGACAUCAAACACGAGAGCUCUGGAAUGGACAUUAACAGGCUUGAGGCAAGUGUUCUUAAUGGCAUGUUCAAUGGCCAUCAAAGUCUUGGACGACUGGAGAAUCACCAAGCGCAAGAAAUGGAACACCAAGAAUGUGUCAAUAACCCAGCCCCUCCUUCCACCACACCCCAAAGAAGUGUCAUUCUCUUUCGUUCCGGAAGCAGCUCCUAUCCUGUUGAGAGCCAAAGGGUUGAGGACAUAGAUCAGCAGGUGGCAUCCCAAACACAACAGAAUGGGCUAAUCACUCAUUUUACUCAAACAGGGUGCAAUCUACCAAUAAGACCGGAUGGUUUAGAGACUCUUUCAGAGGUGGCACAGCAGCUGGCCAGGAGGUCUUUGGAUUCUCCAAGCUAUGAAUUCAAGGCAGGUGUCGAGGAGAGCAGGCGGUUUGUCAUACAGCAGCAAGACCUGAGCAUUCAAGGACAGUGCAGAAGUCCGGUUCAAGAGGGCACUCCAAAUUCUUUUGCCCCAGAUUUGGUCAACGAGGCUGGAAAAGCCCACAUAUACCAGCGGUCCAAUCCCUACCUCGGCACUCUGAGCGAGGAGCCACCAGUGCUAACAUAUGAAGGUUGUCCAAAAGCAGAUGGCUUCUACCAAGAGCACUCCUCCUCAGGCAAGGACACCUCCUCUAGCGAUGGAGACCCACGCAGCUCUGACAAGGAAGCCUCCACUGAUGAUGAAUCUCCCUCAUCCUCUUCCUCUGAUACUGGUGGAUAUCAUGCCAUCCAUCAGUCAGCAUCCUCACCCUGCAUGGUCGCCAGUGAUGCUUACCAGUAUGGAGACAACCAAGGUGAAAUGAAAGGCACUGCUCUGCCACACAAGCUAAGGCUCAAGUAUAGAGCUCUAUCUAACGGUGGCUCCCAAGACGUCCCGGCUACAACAGCUACUACGUCACCUGAUUCCGCUCUGCCUCAGCACCCAUACCUGGCGCUAGCGCAGGUUAACCAGCAGCAAGGCAGCAGCUCUGGAAGCAAGGAAGGGGAGAGUGAGACAGCAGAUGAACUUUGCACACAACAGUCUCCUUCCAGAGAGAAGGAAGAGGAAUGGAAGGAAAGCGGGAAGAGGAGCUCAGGAGGACGAGGUAGCAGAAACAAGAAACGUGACUGAAACUGGCACAUCACAUGCUUUAAUAGAGUUAAGACAGGACUUGAUAAAUGUCACCUUUACCAUCCAUAGAAAGGAAAAUGAAAAUGGUACCAAUUAAUUGCAUUAAAGUCUAUUGCUUAUAUUUAACAACAACAAGAAAGUAACUUGCGUUCUUGCUCCGUUUUCUUAUCAAGAGUGAUUCUGUGACCUUUUAAUGCAGCUGUGUUCUCUUACUCCCUUUCAUAAGCACUUAACUGUUAAGUUACAAAGAGGAAAUCGAGCUCUUUCAAAUGAUCUUUUUCCUCUUUUGAAAAAAAAACCUACAAAACACUGUAUAGCAACCUUUGACUUCACCUUUGACUAUUUACAUAUCUACCACGUUUCGUAGCUAAACUGAUGGGUCGUCUCUGAACAAGUUGAUGGAGUUGAAGGCACAAGUCCUUUUCUCUCUACUGAUUUCAACCGGUUUAAAGCCUGUCUCUCUCCUCUGCCUUUGGACUUUAGCAUUAUUGAAGCACUUGGAUUAUUAUACUGUGACAUGACUAAACAUAUCAUAUUUCAAUAUAUUUUAUGAAAAAAAUGACGUGUCAAUCUUAAAGAGUAGAAAAGUGGGAGAAAGACUACAAACACUGUCUACUCCUUACUGUUUGAAUUCCUGUAUAGUCCUUUCCAAAGGUUCAUAUCUUAUGCUUCCAUUAUAUUUUUUUAAUCAUCGUAUUUAUGUCCCUGUAUCACACCAUUCGAGACAAUGUUCUCUUCAUAGUGUUUCGGUCAUUCAUAGGUCAAGGUUAACCAGUGAAAAAAAUCACCUUUUGUACAUCACGUUACUAUAUUCUAUCACUGUAAAGGAGCUUGAUGGAUCACCCCUUCUAAAGGUCACUGUGACCAAUCCUUUUUUUGAAAAAGUACAUCUGACAUUUAGCUGAAUUACAGUAAAAACCCUUCAAGGCGGUCUCUCCCGAGGCUGAAUUAAUAUGCGGACUGUACAAAGUGUAAGAUAUAUCAUUGCCAUUCUCAAGAUGGCCGUGUUCUCUGUGGUCAGGUUUCAGAGAAGUCUCACAUGCUACCUCAUGAGAAGAAACGGUUGAGGUUACGCAGAACUGGAGAGGUUCUCCUUUGGUGUGUGUAGCCCAUUGCAUCAUCAUACCCAUUAACUGUUGCGUAUAAAAAGUUAACACACAGUAAAAUGCUGCAGUACGCGACUAAGUGUUAUCUAGACACAAAUCCAAUCCCACUAGUUGUCUUUGUAGAAUUUACCACAGCUGAAAGCUGCUUCUGCACUGAAUUAUUUUCAUCAGAUUUUAUACAAUCUGUGUUUAUUGUUCCCAAACAGGUGCCUGGCACUGGCCAUUAUGUAAAAAAUGUACAGACAAAUUCUCUCUUUUGAGUAUUUUAAGUUUGUAUCAAGUUUAUUUUGGCAUUCUAUAAUAAUUAUUAUUAUUAAUAUUGUAUUUUAUUUUAUAUUCCAAUGCUAUUAUUCUUUUCGGGUUAAUAUUUCUUGUUGUCUGUUCACCUCAAUGUGAUACAGUAUGUAUUUUCAUGUCCUGUUAAUCUAUUUCACCUCUGUACCCUGGUGUAUUGUGUGGUAUUUACCGAAAAAAAAAGAAGAAAAAAAAAGAUGUUUGUUAAAAGAGGUGGACGUACCUGUCGAGGUGCUCAGAAUGACACUAAAGGUGUGGAAAGAAUAAUAAAACAUUGUAUGUUGAAUUUAA